AUGAGCGAGGUAAGUGGCCGUCAGAGUGUGAUGAACGUAGAAAGCUCUAGCACGGAAUGCAAGGUUAAGAUCCCCGUUAGAGAUUCCACACUCAAACCUACACAGGCAGAGAAAACAUCAACCGUGGUCAGCUCUGCUGUUAGGAAUUGUGAAACUGCCCACCAGCUGGACACAGCAGACACCAGUUACUCGCGCACAGAUGAAGAUGAUGAGGAACUGACAAAGAUGAAGCAGUUAUGUAGAGACCUAAGUCAGAAGCUGAGGACCACACAGCUACUCGUUACCAUCAGUGGUGGACGACCUGUUAUAAGUCUCAGGCCACCACCAGAACUGGUCAACUUCUCAUGCGGCAUCCGCUGGCCAAUAGAGUGUGAGGUCAUCAGCGACAUUAUCCAUCACAUAGAGUGGGACCCACCAGAUCCAGAGCCCUUCUAUCAGUGCACAGGAUAUGAGAGGACACCCAUGCCAGUCGGAGAGGAGAGGGGGAAGGUGGUAUUCUGCAUUGACCAUGCCGCUAAGCGCCCAUAUUUCACCUACUCUCGUAUUGGAGGAAGCAGAGAACCCAUUAAGCGAGCCACUUUUUAUGAUGUCAGUCAGUCAGAGCUGACUCUCAAGUUUGAGUCACGGUUUGAGAGUGGGAACCUUCAGAAGGCCGUCCAAGUGGGUGCCUAUGACUAUGAGCUGACCCUGCGCACAGACAUGUACACAACAAAGCACACGCAGUGGUUUUACUUCAGGGUCAGGAACACAAAAGCUGGCGUCACCUACCGCUUCACUAUCGUUAACUUGAUGAAGAGGAGCAGUCUGUAUUCACAGGGUAUGAAACCACUCCUCUACUCUGAGAGGGAUGCUGAAGAGAAUGGUGUUGGAUGGCAACGCGCAGGUUCAAAUGUCAAAUACUACCAGAACUGCAGUCAGAAUACAAAGGACAACAACAGUGAUGGCAUCACCCUUUACUCACUCUCCUGGACUCUCCAGUUCCCUUAUGAUUCAGACACCUGCUACCUGGCCCACUGCUACCCCUACACAUAUUCACGCCUGCAGCGCUACCUUAGCCGUAUUACUUCCAACCCUACAGUUAGGUCAUACUGCAAAGUACGGGUCCUGUGCCAAAGUCUUGCUGGAAACGCUGUGUAUGUGAUAACAGUAACACCCCAGGACUCUAACAGAAUGGACGACAAGACCAAGAAGGCUGUGGUGGUGACAGCCAGGGUGCACCCAGGAGAAUCCAAUGCAUCCUGGAUGAUGGAGGGAUUCCUGAACUUUCUUCUCGGUGACUCAGAUGAUGCUCAGCUUCUCAGGGACACUUUUGUUUUUAAGGUGGUCCCAAUGUUGAACCCAGAUGGUGUCGUGGUGGGUAACUACCGCUGCUCUCUUGCAGGCAGGGACCUCAACAGAAACUACAGGACACUGCUCAGAGAUUCCUUUCCUUCCGUGUGGCACACCCGAAACAUGGUGGAAAAAUUACUGGCCGAAAGAGAUGUAGUUCUUUACUGUGAUUUUCAUGGUCACAGCCGAAAAAACAAUGUCUUCAUGUAUGGCUGCAAAAACAAAGGUGACUCUACACUGAAACUUCACGAGAGAGUCUUUCCACUAAUGAUGAGCAAGAAUGCUAGCAAUAAGUUCUCCUUUAACAGCUCUAAAUUCCGGGUGCAGAAGAGCAAAGAGGGCACAGGACGAAUCGUCAUGUGGAGACUUGGCAUCAAAAACAGCUACACCAUGGAGGCCACCUUUGGAGGCGCCACUCUGGGCGACAGGAGAGGAACACAUUUUACUACUCAAGACUUGAAGUCCCUGGGUUUUCACCUGUGUGACACCCUCUUGGACUAUUGUGACCCUGAUCCAAUAAAGAUCACUUACUGCCUGGCAGAAUUGGCAUUGCUGCAAAAGGAGUUCAGAGAAAGACUGGGCAAAGAUUUGGGAAACAGCUCUGACCUCGAAACCAGCACAAGUGGCUCAGAUAGUUCAGAUUCAGAAGGACUCCCACUUCAUUUGCUGAACCAGCCAGAAACAUAUACAGAGCAAACUCCAGUGACGAAAAAAAAGAAACACUUCAGGAGUCGUAAAGAGAGGAACAGACGACGACCAAACAGAGUAAAGAACAAAACACAGCAAAAGGAGUCUGACGUGCCCCCUGACAAAACGAUCAAAGAGAGCGUCCAAAAGAGGCCCGCUGAACGCCACAGAAAGAAACCUCACGUAAACAGCCUGAUGAGAAAAGGUCCUACAAUCACUCACCAUGGUGAGGUCAGUCAGGAAAACUCAGAUCUACGUCACAGUCCAGAACCAUGCCCACUUGACAGCAAAUACACCGGUGCUUCACCCCACAAAGGUGAUCCGGACAUGGAGACAGGACAGCCGGGACACUCCUCUCCCCCGCUGAACCUCAGGGCUCUCAUUCCACCGUCAUCAAAAAUCAUAAAGUCCAGCCAGCAUCAACAUCACUGCCACCGCCAGUCUUUUACCCCCUACAAAUUCUACAAAGGGCUGCCACCUUUGCUUACAUCAGCCCACGGGUAA